UACACACAAAUACCUAUCCAUUGCAGCAAAUACUUUUCAUGGACCAGGGGAACACCGAUAUCGCCCUUCGGGACAUACCGUUGUCGGUAAGCUUUCUCGAGGACAAAGCGCAGACCAGACCAUAUUUAGACAUUGCUCAACGAAGCAGAGACACGCGGUUGAGAGUAUCGUUGGUUGCAUUGGCAUAUUAUCUUUGUGAAAGCCAUUGCAGCGAAUACGAAGCUAGUAUGAAGUGGUCUCCCGCGGAGAACCCUGCCACCAGCAUCACAAUGAUAAUCUUGCGAUCUUCCCGCCCAUGAUUGUCAUCGCGGUGCAGCUGGUGGCUGCAGGCAAGCGAAGUGAUACGUUGAGGAGGGCCCGGGGGUUUAUCGGCGGCCCCAGGCAGCCAGGCCGGGCGUCACAUGAGACUGGUGACGUCACGGGACGACAGCUUUCCCCAGAUUUGCCCCGAAUUGGUCCAAGCGGAGACGAAAUCUGGUACGUGUCUUGAGGGUGAAUAUAUGGUUCUUAUCAGGGAAGAGUUCGUUCCUUUUCCGGUCGCAAUUGAUG